AUGGCCCUGAGAGCCCGCGAUGUCCUCAUAGCUGCAUUCAUAGCUUUCGUCGCCUGGGGCUUCCUUAUCAGCUGGGCUCCCAUCCUCCGCUUUCUUGGUUAUGCCUUCAUUGCUGGGUCGUCAAUUACUCUCCUUGCCAUUGGAGCGUUGGUGCUGCUCAGCACGAGAAAGAAGCAAGAUGUUGGGCGAUUGGCGAGAAGACCUCCGAGGACCGCAGCCUUUAUCGCACCGAAAGCAUGGAAGGAGGAGACCGAAUGGCUUUCGACCAAGGCCAUUUACAGAAGGACUCCCCUAUACCCCCCCUCUUUCAUGAUAUCCGACUGCCUAGACGGCUUACUUGACUGGAUCCUCCGAGACUACGUUACCUCCUGGUACAGCAAAAUCUCUCCGAGUUCCAACUUCGUCAACGAGAUCGAGCGUGCAAUAAGGAUCGCACUGAUCAACAUCAGUGACAGACUCUUUGCGGUAGAUGUUGUGGAGAUUGCGGUCUCAAGGGUUGUCCCACUGGUCACAGCACAUCUGAAGGAUUUUUACGAUGCCGAGAGGACAGUCCGAGGCAAGAACCUCAAUCGCACUGUCACGGAAUCCGACGAGCUCGACAUUGCGAUAGCUGGCAAAUACCGUGAUGGCAAAUUACAUCCUGCAGCCUCGCUUGCUUACUCGGAUCUAAAGCUCGUUCAACAAGAGUACUUGCGCAGGAUCAUUGUUCGGCUCCUACCAGAAGUCUUGCCCGAGAGUAUGAUCAAGAGUAGAGCUGUUUCCGUCCUCAUUAAAGAGAUUAUGUCAUGCGCAGUGCUCGCGCCACUGAUGCAGAUGCUAUCCGACCCAGAUACCUGGAAUCAAUUGAUGGAAGCCUAUGGCCGGACCAUGCUCCAGGACAGAAAGACUGUCCGCAAGCUUCGAGCUGCGCUUGAUCAGCAUGCUUCACCAGCACCAAAAGUCUCAAAGCCACACACUUUUCCGAGAAUUGCUCCUGGUGACGAUGAGCGCAAGUUUGAGCGGUUCAUCAGGUCUAUUCGACAAUGUAACAAUCUCUCGGAAGCGCGAAGGUUCCGGAGUGAGGUGGCGAGUCAAUUGAAGCGGGAGUCAAUGAUGGAAGGGCAGGACCAGAUACUCUUGCGCCGUUUGGAUACCGGCAAGCAAUUACUUGAUCAGAGGGUGGGCAAGCUGUCUGCCGUUGGAGGCACUUCAGGCUCUCGAAUGCCUCAGCCGGAUUUCCAAAAGGGUCAGAACACUUCAAGACUGCUGAAUGCGUCACUCACGGAAGUUCUGCACGACGCGUCUGGUCUCUCGUAUUUCAUGGAGUAUAUGGAUCGCCAUCGACUCAUGACAUUUGUUCAAUUCUGGAUAGUCGUGGAUGGAUUUCGAAAUCCUUUGGAAGAGGAUCUACAAACUGAUGAUCCCUUUUCUGGAACCCAGGUGCAAUGGACCGAUUCGGAUCGAACCGACAUCGCCCAAAUUAACGAGGCGUAUUUGUCAAAAGCUGAGCUCAACUUGUCUGAAUCGACAAGGGAGGCUGUCCGAGCGUUCUUGAAAGCUGGUGCUGGAGCCACAGUGCCGGAGUAUCUCCGGGCUCGAAGUGCUGUGCUGAAAGCGCAGGCUGUUGUCCUAGAGAAGAUGGAAGAAGUUCACUUUCCAAAUUUCAAAAAGUCCGAUCUUUAUUACAAAUACCUGACCUCGGAUGAUGCAUCUGCCAAGAUGUCUUCAAGGCCGGCAAGAGCACUGAGACAGCCCUCCGUGGCACCAAUACUUGAAUCUCCAAGCAGACCGUCAUCUCUAUCUCGCAAGGCAACUCGCUUCAACGCAAAUGGGCCGGACCUCCGAAGAAAUGCAAACUCAAACAGCGAUCUCAAAUCAAUUGUCAAACAUGCCACUGACGACUCUCAGUCUGUUCAAUCACGUCGCUCGUUUGACGUAGACACGUCUGCGCCUCUGUUUGAUGACGAUAUUGAUGAUGAGCCCCUCGCUCGUUCAACUCGAAGCCUAGACAACGAAUCCUUGAAUGGCGAUCAAGGAAAUAGAAACCAAGAGGAAAUGGUUGAAGCCAUGGAGGCAGCACUGAACAACAUCAUGACAGAUGAUCCAAAGGAGGACGACACCAAGGAUUCAAUGUUUGAGACCUCAGAACCAAAUUUCCUAUCCACGAAGAUCAUGGAUUCGCCACGAAGCUCGGGUGAACACAAGAGGACGGAGACCGCCUCCCAUGAAAAGGAGCGAGAGCGGCCAAAUCUGGCAUCUUUAGGCCUUGUCAACACCUCGUCUCGGAUUGGUGUAUUCUCGGACAAUGAUCUGUUUGGCGAUGAAGACAAAUUCCUUGAAGACGAGCAGACGGACCCCGAGGUUUCUGCCGACGAGACAAUGGAAGAGGAGAUCCACCAAGCGGCGCCAGGAGAUCUAGGACUAGCAGAAGCCAUAUCUGCCCUGACGGUCGAUAUUGAAAGACUAGCCGCUCAGGACUCUGUUGUCGACACUUUGACUCGGAAGGCCGAGCUCACGAAUAAUAUUGCUGAGCUCCGGAUUUUGGGCAAGUCGAAGUCGAGUCUACAGCGAGAGAUACGUCGAAAAGAACUUCAACGGCAACAAUAUAUUGUCCAAGAGAGUGACAACAGUCUUUAUGGUCGCGCCAAUGUUGACAUCAAAUCGAUUAUGGUUGGGAAAGAGGAUGAUGGGCAGGAGUUUGCUCUCUAUGUCAUUGAGGUACAACGAAAGGCCGGAGAGAACAUGUCUGCCGCAUCAUGGGCGGUUGCACGCAGAUACAGUGAAUUCCAUGACCUACACCAGCGUCUUCGCAAUAUCUACCCUACUGUCCGGAAUCUCGAAUUCCCUAGGCGGAGGCUGGUCAUGAAAUUGCAACGAGAUUUCCUCCACAAACGGCGCGUAUCGCUCGAAAACUAUCUACGAGAACUCCUACGUCUACCGGCCGUUUGCCGCAGCCGAGAUCUUCGUGCCUUCCUCUCGCAAUCAGCGAUCAUUUCCACCACUAAAGACUCAACUCGCGAAGGUGAACGGCGCGAUAUCAUUUCCCGAAUCUACAACUCCGUGACAGACGGGAUGGACGAGUUCCUUGGUAACGUUCCUGUUCUCGACCAACUCUCCAUCGCCGGUCAGAAUCUUAUCUCAGCCGCCACUUCCCAGUUCAAUACCAUGCAGCCGACGGGCAGCGGCGCUCCAUUGCCCAUUGCACCUGAAGAUCCCAUACAAACAGCCGAAGCCCGCGCCGAGCUUCUGGCUUUCGAUCCUAACACUAACAACACCAACCGUGCUGAUCAACUUGAGCCUUUCGUCAAACCCAUAUGCGACAUUUUCCUCGAAAGCUUCGAUCUGCAACGUGGUAACAAUUGGCUGCGCGGCCGAGCUGUCGUUGUAGUCCUCCAUCAGCUCUUAGGCGGCACCGUGGAGCGCAAAGUUCGGGAAAUGGCACGGUCAAUGUUCGCGGAGCCAAGCGUACUCAAGUACAUCAACAUGCUCAAAGAUACCAUGUGGCCCAAUGGCCGAAUGCGGACAGAGACCGUGGUUCGGACUGAUCCCCAAAAGACGCACACAAGGGUGGAAGCCAGCGUAAUGCUGGCGACGUUGAUUCCGGAUCUAGCAGGUAACGUGGUAGGAAAGGCCAACGCUCAAGCGGCGAGCAGAAGAAUAUUUGCAACGGUCAAUAAUCAGCGUUUAAAUACACAUUUGGCUUUCACAAUCCUCGACGAGGUUAUUGAUGUCCUUUUCCCCAAAGGAGGAAUACGAGGUCUGUGA